CUUUUUGGUGGCGGUGAAACUCUUAGCCUUGGAGGUGACCACAAACCAGUCCUGGCCACAAGACAAGCUUUUCAGGACUGAAGUUGCUGUAUACUGGUAUACUGGACCACUGAUAGAUGGAUAGUUAAAGUUUGCUCUGUGACGUAACAGAGGCUGCAGGUAUGAAAAGGCGGCGCGCGGCGCGGCGGGGGUUCAGUGUGCAGUGUAACUGAAGGAAGGUUGAGUCUCUUCACCAUACGUGAUGAUGUUCCCGACGUUUGAUAUUCCACUGCGCCCCCUGUUGUAUGCGGCUGAAAUUGCAGCCGCGGCGGCCGGAGUUUAUUUUCUGUUCAAGAAGCGCCGCUAUAGGGUCCUACAAAUGGGCUCUGGAGUUGGAGCUGUUCGUGCGCUGGAUCCAGGUUUGAUGUGCGACACGGAUGAAGGUCGAGAUGCACAGAGAUGCAGCGCCGAACCCGAGGUGUUGGAGCAGAUGGAGUUGCUGCUGAGUUCAGUGCAGCAGCUGACCAAAGAGGUCUUGGAGAUACGCAGCACCGCUGAGCAGAUCAAUAGUGAAAGGCAGCGAGAGCAGGAGGCCUACAGAAUCCUCAGGGCCGAGUAUGACGAGAUGAGAAAAGCUCUGAAAAAUGAAGAUGACCCAGGUCUCCCUGGCCAAAGCCAAGACGUUCAGCUGGAGGACAAGAUCUUAGACCUGGGGUCCCAGCUAAACAAGGACCACGAGCACGAGAAGAACCUUCACGAGCAGCUGAUCGGUACCUACGGUUCGGAGGAGAUCAGUUUACUUAGGAAACUCGAUCCGAUAACCGCGGUUGCUGCUAAAACCCAGCAGAGAUCCAACGAGGAAACAGAGAUUGUGUUACGGACUCGGCACAGCAACGCGAGAUUGUCUGACAUUUUGAAAGAACAUCGUUUGUCAUGCAAGCAGCCCAAAAACCAGCAAAACUCUGCCCUAAAAACGAUAGAGGAGCAAAAGCUGGACUAUGACCAGAUAUGUUUACGUGAACAAGAGUUGUUCGAAGGACACAACAUACUGAAGGAAAAGCACAGCGAGUUACUGAAGAAGUACGAACAAGAGCACGAGACUCACAAUAACCUGAAGUUGCAGUGUGAACAGAUGAUGAAGAAAGAUGCAGACAAAAAGAAUUUGCUGAUGAUGGAGAAAGAAAAUUUGGACCUCAAAGGCCAAGUGGGCAAACUGGUCGAGAAGGUGUGGAGAAUGGAAGUAAUGCUCUCCAGGACAGAUGAAGUGUGCAGGGCUAUGAAGAAGGAACGUGAGCGUUUACGGGAGGCCCACCACAUCAGUAACUUCGUGUACAAAAAGAGCAUGAAACAGUGUGAUGAUUUACUCCGGGAGAUAGAGAAUAAGUGCUGGGCUCGCAGCACCCUGAAGGAGCAGGACAACAAGAUGAUGGAAGUUCUAAAACAGUGCAACAAGUCUCAAAAUAUGGAUCACCUCAGUCAGGAAUUUAAGGAGCUAACAGCAGGGGGCGGUGUUUAACACCUGGAUACACAAAGUCAGUGACGGUGUGACCCCGUUCCUGGAACACUCUCCUGGUCUUCACUGGUGGUUUUCUUUUCCACUGGAGGUGGAGGUGGAUGAUGAUCGGCGCUCUGUGAGCUCGGCUUCUAUACCGACAGGAAAAACUGAAAAGACGAAGAGCAGCAGGAUGAGUGAAGAGAAAAGUUCCCAAGUACCACCGCACUGAUUCCCAUACGAUUGUUCGAUCUGAGAGUGUGUUCAGGGGGUUCAUCAGUGCUCCUGGUGGUUGGAAGGAGUGAAUCUAAACCACCAGCAACAUAAAUACAGAACAUAAAAAAAGGAUUAAAUAUACAGAAUAAUACACACAUCUGGAAGCUCUACUGCUGUUUUAUUAAAAAACUUCACAAAGAACUUAUACCAUGAUUACCAUCAAUCAAAAUAUUAGUGAUGAGAUUUGAUUUAUAGUUUAUUCAUCUUCUCUAUUAUGUGAUAGAAAGUCAUUUAUAACUACAUUUACUUUUACACACACAAUAGUAGAUCCACUAUGGACAAAAUUUGUAGAGUAGAUACACCUGGCCAUCAGAUGUUCUUUGAAAGUUUUGAAAGUGAUGGAUGAAUAAAAUGCUAAAAGUCCUGAAUGUUUAAAGUGCUAAAAGUGCUCUUCAUCUCUGUGGUUUGUGUUUUUGGGGUGUUUGUAAGCUACUGUAAUCAUUUCAUGUAAAAAAAUAAACAACAACAACAAUAAUAAUAA